AUGGCGAACACGAGUGAUCUUGAUGGAGCUCUCAGUACUGUGUGUUCCAGGUUUACGAUUUCGUGUUUAAAUCCAUAUCAGAAAAAAGCAAUUUCUGAAUUUGUGAAGGGAAGAAGCGACAUAUUCGUCAAUUUGCCGACUGGCUAUGGCAAAUCUCUUGUUUAUCAAGCUUUACCUACGGUGUUCGAUAGCCUCACCGCUCGUUCAGGUCACAUAGUGGUGGUUGUGUCUCCUCUGGUAAAUUUAAUGAGAGAUCAAGUCCGAUCUUUGCGAAGUAUUGGCAUAUCUUCGGUUAGCCUUAGCGAUUUACAGGAAGGAGAGGCGGAAACAGUGGGAAAAGCAGCGUAUUCAGUUGUUUUUGGCACUCCAGAGUCGUGGUUGAAAGUUGAACGUUGGAGACAGGUUUUGUCAAGUCCCGUCUACUCGGAAAAGUUAUGUUGCGUUGCAGUAGACGAAGCACAUGUUAUAAAACAAUGGUAAGAAUGAAAAUGGAAUAAUUUCGUGUUUUUUAUUUGUCUAGUUACUGGAGUUUGAUAACACCUCAGUUUGAAAGUUUAUACUCUGCUAGUGAAGCCUACUUUUAGCUUAAACAAUUUACACAUUUUGAAAAUUCAUUUGUCUUAAGUAUACCUAGCAUGUAGUCCAAGCUGACACAAAUAAACAAGAUGUAUCCCGAUCAAUCGACCGUACUGUGCACAGUAUACCAUACAACAGAAAUAAUUCAAUACAUGAAAUAAAUGAUCACAAAUUAUCAAUAUAAACAGAAAAUAAUGACAUUAUUAUUAUUGUUAUUAUCAUUGUUAUGACUGAAUAUCAACUUCACCUGAUAGCCAGUGUUGAGAGAAAAUAUUUCAGGCUAAUAUCUUGUGUACAAACAUAGGUAAACAACCUGAUCAUUAUAUUUUACUAAGUAAAAUUAUUUUCAAAAAUGAGUUAUAAUAGCUCUGCACAAAAUAUUAAAGAGCCCGCCUGAAAAUGCCCGUGAGAGGGGCUAGUAAGUUGCAGGCUGCCAACAAUGUUAUUUUCCUGAUUUUCUUCUCAGGGGAACAACUACAAGUAACAAGAUGACAGCUUUCCGUUCAGUGUACGCAGACUUGCAUGAAAUAAGAACUCUUGCUCCAUCAGUAAAAAUGAUAGCUCUGACUGCAACAGCCACGGAGGAAACCAAAAAGACCAUCAUUGAUGUGCUGAGGUUGAGAAAUGUAUGUGAGGUUGCUGAUAGUCCAAACAAAGGCAACGUGACAUACGUUGUAACUUACAUGCCCAAUGAUAGUGAUGUACAGGACUACUUUAAUUGGAUUGUUGAAGAGGUAAAACAAGGAAAGAAAGAAAAAACAAUUGUAUAUUGUCAGACAAUAAAACAGUGCUCCUUUAUUUAUGCCACAGUUAAAUAUAUGCUCGGUCAUUGCAUGUAUGAGAAGGGUUCCAAAUGCCCUGUCUUGGAGAUGUUACACUCAUGCACACCAGAUGACAAUAAAGAAGCUGUGUUAGAAUCUUUUCGGAAAGAAGAUGGACCUAUCCUUCUUCUGGUUGCCACCAUUGCAUUUGGGAUGGGAGUUGAUUGUAAGGGGGUCCACAGAACCAUUCAUUUUGGUCCGUCAAAAAAUGUGGAGGCAUUUAUUCAGGAGACUGGUCGUGCGGGUUGUGAUGGCAAGGCAAGUUUCUCCUAUCUGCUAUACAAAGGAUUGAUGCUAAAUCAUGUUGAGAGGGACAUUAAGGAAUACCUCAAAACAAAAGAGUGCAGGAGGAAAACUCUUCUAAAACAUUUUGGCAGUGGUAAUUUUACAAUUUCUGGCCCCCUUCACACUUGCUGUGAUAACUGUGCCAAAAGGUGUGACUGUAGUAGUGAAGAGUGUUCCACCUACACUUUGUUUAUAAUUUCUGACAAGGAGAACAUUGACUCCUCAUUGCAAGAGAAAAGGAAAGUGAAAGACUCAGAAAAAAAACAACUGAAAGACUUAUUAACAAAGUACCACAAGUCCCUUGUCAUGGAACUAUUGAGAAAGUCAGCUUUUGGCCAUGUAAAGAGUUUAACCAAUUUGAGUAGUUUGUUGGGUUUUUCCGAACUGCAGAUUGAGCAAGUUGUCAUUAAUUGCGAAACACUUUUUUCUUUGGAGGAUGUCCUGAGAAGUAUUGAAAUCUGGGACAUGCGUCAUGCAAAAAAAAUUCUGGAUGUUCUCAGUGAUGUUUUUGGUGAUAUCGACUAUAGUGUUUUAAAUAUGCUACAUAAUACAGGGGUUGAAAGUGACGAUGAAUAUGAUGAUGAUGAAUUACUAGGAGAGUGGGCUGCACUUGCUGAAGAUGAGGAGCUCUUAAACAAGCUAACAAACAGUUUUUCUUUUUCUGAAAUGGACAGUACCUAUCAGGAUGCAGCACAGAAGUCGUUAGAUUGUUCUGAUGUAUCUCCAGUUGCUCUUGCAUCACUCAAGAAUGUAAAUGUAGGCUAG